UUGGGCUCCUCACAUGUUGCGGGGCCCUCGCUGCGCUCCCGUCUUCGUGUUUUGUACCCGUCGUCUGUGCGACUGUCCCAGGACAGCAGCACCCAAUAUCACCAGUAGAUGUGAGAAUGCCCAGUGAGAUAACCAGCACACGUGAAUCUGCAGCCACGCACACAUACUGCCCACCGGGACGGGUGCGAGCCUUUGAUUGUGUGUUUGUGUCACAUUUCGACUCCUCCCCGCUUGCGUCUUCUAUAAAACACCGGCGCUCUGAGCAGCACAGCGGGGUUCACCGACUUCCACCCGAGGGGACUCCACGUCAGCCCGGGCGAAAAACGCCGCACCGCCUCCAUCGCCGCCGGUCUCCGUCAAACCGCCCCGACCCACAAACGAACAUGGCUCCCUUUGAGAAAUCCAUGGAGAUGAUGUCCUUCAAGCAGAGGAAAUGUCUCGAGACAAGAAAGGAUGAAGUGUGCACCAUUCGGACCAAAUUCCCCAACAAACUGCCCGUGAUUGUUGAACGUUACAUCCGUGAAAAGACUCUCCCCCUGAUGGACAAAACCAAGUUCCUGGUUCCCUUCGAGCUCACCUUGGGCCAGUUCCUCUGUCUGCUCAGGAAUAAGAUUUCAUUGGACUCCACCCAGGCUUUGUUCCUCCUGGUGGCGGAGAAGAGCAUGUCCUGCAUGUCCUCCAGCAUGGGGGAGGUUUACUCCCACCACAGCGACACCGACGGCUUCCUCUACAUCACCUACGCCUCGCAGGAGAUGUUCGGAGCGCCUGGACCGGCAGCACUGAAGCAGAUCAAAGCGAAAUGACCCGGAGGAGGAUCUGAACCAACAAACAACCCAACUGGAGGCAAAGAAAGAGCGUUUUCAGGCCUGCCUCACGAAGCCUUCUGGACUUUCAAACAGGGCAAAUCUCUACUGGACCAGACUCGCACUGAGGAUUCGUUGCAGACAGAUUGAUUGCUUGAGUGGCAAGUCGAUACAGAUGCAAAAGGACAGUUGUGAUUGUUGCCCCGUGAUGUUUUUUUCAAUACCUGCUCUUCAAAUAGAUCAGACGCAUUGAGCUUGAGAGCAAACAAACCUGUCGUAACGUUGCUGUAAUGGUGUAAAACUAAAAACAGGGUCAAUGUCUUGCUGGCAAUCAGACUCCUGCUCAGCACUUAUCUCUUCUGUUCUCCUUUCGUUGAUUGCCUCUUUCAUCCUCGCGUUCCCUAAAAAUGUGAAACUGUGCUGCGGAUUCUCGAGGCACUCAUUGAAAACGUGGAUGUCAAUUGAAUGCUGCUCUUUCUCAUUUUCCCAAAAAAUAAAUCCUUGUCCUUACAAUUCA